AUGCACCUCCUCGGCUUCCUCAAUUCUCUAGACAAUGUCCACAACUUUGACCCGGACAAAGACAUCCAUGAGUUGGAGGGAAAGGUGAUCGUUGUCACAGGAGGGAACAGUGGAUGCGGUAAAGAGACGGUUUUGCAGUUAGCAAAGCAUCACCCGCAGCGGAUCUAUUUGGCCGCUCGAUCGCAGGCCAAGUAUGACGACGCUAUGAAGGAUAUCUCACAAGCAGCGCCGAACGCGGAUGUCAAGUUUUUGCAACUGGACCUGUCUUCGCUAGCGUCCGUCAAGAGAGCAGCAGACCAAGUCAUCUCGGAAAAUGACAGGCUUGACACUCUGGUCAACAACGCCGGCAUCAUGGCGCUUCCACAUGGCCUCACCGAAGAUGGCUAUGAGAUACAAUUCGGGACCAAUCACAUGGGCCACGCGCUUUUGACGCGCCUCCUGCUUCCGCUCAUGCAAAGUACCGCAUCGAAACCAGGGUCGGACGUGCGCAUCAUCAAUCUCUCGUCCAAUGGACACAACAUGGCCUGGGGCGCCGGAAUCUAUUUCGAUCAGUUGAAAACGACCAUGCAGUCCUUCGGGCCCACAAGACUGUAUGCGCAGUCGAAGCUGGCCAACGUCCUGCAUGCACGGGAGCUCGCAAGACGGUGCCCCGAGAUUCUCUCGGUAUCACUCCACCCAGGCCGCGUCGAGACGAAUUUGACCAACUUCAUACUUGACCAGAACGACUUCGGUGGCCGAUUUCUGAAAUUCUUCGACAGCGCAGCGGGUACCUUGUCGGUGCAGCAGGGCGCUCUGACGCAACUCUGGGCGACCGCCUGGAAGAGACAGGAGGUCACCAACGGCGCGUAUUAUAUCCCGGUGGGCAAGGAAAACUGUGGGUCGAGCCAGAGUCGGAACACCGAACUGGCCAAGAAACUGUGGGAGUGGACAGAGUCUGAGUUGGCCGCGAAGGGGUAUUGA